UGUGGUGUAGUGCACUAACCUAGGGACAAGGCGAUAUUUUGUGAUGUGGCUCAUGACGUCGAUGAAGCUUUAGUCAAUCCGCGCUCUCCAUCAGUGGAGCAUAUAGUCGUGCGUAAAGCCGCGGUGCAGGUCGCUGUGUCUCUGCAGCAUCAGGCACUGGGAAGUCACUGUGAGGUGGAAUAUCUGUCUAACUAAUCACAAUAUAACUCGGCAGUUCGGAUAUUUUUUUCCAGAUCAUAUUAAGCAAUCGUUCUUAGGCUUGCUGCUGUUGUUUUGUUGGAAAACCGACACUUGCUGUUCUUUAUCCAAAAAAAAAAGAAUAAUGUUCGGUUUGGCUUUAAAGUACUUCUUUUGAUAUAUUGUCUUUUUUUCAUAGUGACUUUUUAUGAAGCAAGACGUUUUCUUGCACUUUUUGUUUUAAAAGAUAAAAGGAAGGCUUUUAGACACUCCAAUCUGAACCGUUUCUCUCGCGCCGCAGAUAUGAUCGCGCUUUUUGUUGCGCUCCUGUGCGCUCGCACGCUGGCUGCUGGAAACCUGGCGGUAGCUGAUGGCCAGCCGCAGGGCGAGCGCUUCGUGUGCACCGCGGUGCCUGCGGGCGCCGACCUCAGUUGCCCCGUGGACACGGAUAACCGGGUGCAGAGCGCGAGCCCGCAGGAGGACGAGUUCAGAAGCACGAUAGUGCAGCUCCGGGAGACCGUGCUGCAGCAGAGGGAGACCAUUGCGAGUCAGCAGGGCACCAUCAAGGAACUCAACUCCAAACUUUCUCGCUGCGAGGCCGCGGCACAAGACGCGCGAGACAGCAAGUGGCGUGGAGGCGCGCGCAGAAAGGAAUACGGUAAGAACACGAUGGGCGAUCUGCCUCGAGACCCCGCGGAAACCAUCGAGCAGCUCGGCAAGACCAUGCAAGGGCUGAAGGACCGACUGGAAAACUUAGAGCAGCAGCUGCAUGCCAAUGCAUCUGGUGCGCCGUUCCCCAACGAGCUGCGUGACCUGCUAAAGCGGCGGCUAGGGGACCUCGAGAGCCAAUUGCUGAGAAGAGUAGCAGAGCUUGAGGAGGAAAAGACACAGCUAUACAAUGAGACAAUGGCCCACCGGCAGCACACAGAGAACACACUCAACUCGCUGCUGGAGAGGAUCACAGAGCUGGAGAGAAGUAACAGCGCAUUUAAAUCCCCAGAGGACUUCAAGGUCUCUCUGUCCCUGCGCACAAACUACCUCUAUGGCCGCAUCAAGAAAAGCCUUCCAGAAAUGUACGCCUUCACUGUGUGCAUGUGGCUCAAGUCUAGUGCUAGUCCUGGCAUCGGGACACCAUUUUCCUAUGGAGUCCCUGGACAAGCCAAUGAGAUUGUGCUGAUAGAAUGGGGCAACAAUCCCAUCGAACUACUUGUCAACGACAAGGUGGCUCAGCUGCCUUUGUCAGUGGGAGACGGGCGAUGGCAUCACAUCUGCAUUACCUGGACGACCAGAGACGGCUUCUGGGAGGCCUAUCAGGAUGGCGAGAGGCUGGGCACUGGGGAGAACUUGGCCCCAUGGCACCCAAUUAAACCUGGAGGAGUGAUCAUACUGGGCCAAGAACAGGAUAUUGUAGGGGGAAGGUUUGAUGCCACACAGGCUUUCGUAGGAGAGCUAAGCCACUUCAACAUGUGGGAUCGGGUUCUCCGCCCCACAGACAUCUCCGGCAUGGCUAACUGUUCAGCAUAUAUGCCUGGUAACAUCGUGCCCUGGAUAGACGCCAAUGUCGAGGUCUUCGGAGGAGCCACAAAAGCAGCACUGGAAAUAUGCGAGGACCGUCUUUUUGAUUCAUAAGACUGAUCCUUUCUAUAUGGAUCCGAUAUUAUUUUUCAGAGGUAAAACGCCUCACCAUGCUGCUUUGGGACCAUUGUGGAGAGACAGUUGUUUUAUGAAACAGUAUUCACUGUGCUUAUAUCAUUCUCUCUGGUGGAUUUCUCCUCUGUUUUGCUGUUUCUUUUUUGUUCUCAACAAGGUCAAUGAUCGACGUUAUUGUGGUGUAUGAAAUGUAGAAAAAAACACAUUCUGAACAUUCCAGUUUAAAAAUAUUUGAACAUGCACAAGCUUAAGCUUUUUGUCAAUGUUAGAUAUGUUUUUGUGUUAAACAGAAAAAAAAAAAAUUCUGAGCAGAGGAUUCACUGGAGUGUGGAGCGCUGCUGUAUGACCGAACUGCAUGAAGGCUUACAUCUGAAUUCAUUUUAAUGUCCUGUAUUUGUAGAAACAAGCAUUUAACGCACCUUCAGUAAACAGGGCUUGAGCGGAAGCACUCUGCUCUUUAUAACAUGCAUGAAUGAAAAAUUCUCUUCAAAUAUGCAAAGCUGUCUACACACCCAAAUGUUAUAGGAUAUGAUCGAUCAGGGGCAUAGUGCAAGGGUACAUACGGUUCCUAGAGCAUUCUAGAGCCGGGAGGACAGAGAUAUGGAUAAAGGGAGAUAUUGAUGAAGAGCAUAUUAAAAGAAUCAUCUUUGAUUGUUUUUCAAAAUACUAGCUUUACGAAUAAAACUGUCACAGAAACUUUUUAUACAUUUUUAUAAACGGAUUUUUGUCCAGGAAGAUGAGUCUGACUUGAACCAGAAUAACUGUGUAGUCCUUAAUCCUGUUGGUGGUCUUGGAGUCUCCAGACCCUCUUUAAAUAGUUAUGAUGAUAAGACCUGUGGAACAGAUGGAACGUAAGAAUGUAAGAAUUAAAGGCAAACUUUGUUUUCUGUACUGGGAAUUACACUGAAAAUGAAGGCUUUGUUGGGGUUUGCUUAUAUUUGUAUUUAUAUUUCUGGCUCCUAUAACAUAUGAAUCAUGCUGUGUUACAUUUCUGUCUCGCAAUUAGGUCUGAUGAUCAUGUUCUGAAUUCUUCACCUCUGUGAAACUCUGUACGCACUUCUACUUUGAAGCAAGUAAGAGGAUUUAGGAAUUGAUUAUUUUCUCUUUACUGGGGUUUAAUUAGGAGCAAAGAAAGAAAACCAGACGAAAAAAAGAGCUGAUUUGUAAAUUCUUGUUAUUAUUGUAUUAUAUUAUGAAACAGUAAUGCACUGGGGUCUCUGUUUACCCCCCAAACAAUGAGCAAGAGAAAUCUCAACUCAACAUGGCUGGUAGUCUAGUAGAGAAGAUGGAUGUGGAUAUAAAAAAAAAACACUUGUUUAAUGAUGUACAAAGCACUGGAAAAAAAUCCAAUAAGCUUUUUUUGUGGUGAUAUAAAAGAAGUAUUGAUGGAUUUUAAUUAAAUAGAGGUUGCUUGCAUUCUCUUCCUUUACGACGACAGCCAGGUUGAAUGCAUUAUCCCCUCAAAAGCUGAAAGAGCACCAUGCAUUAUUUUUGUACAGAGUCCAUUAACGCUUGCUCGUUUUAGAGUAUUUAUUGAACUGUACAGUGAUGCUUCAAUAAAGCUGUGCAAUAGUUACGCCGCGUGAGAGUUUAAUGUAUACCGAGCUUUCUGUCAGGUUUUCUACACGCUUUUGUGGCCUACUACACCACUAGGACCUGCCGGGCCUAAUGGAUCUGUGUUUAAAUGUAGAAAGGAUGGUUGAAUGUGGAUGGGUUUAUAUGCUGUAGAACAGGAAAGUUUGUCUGUCACGUUCUCUUAAAUGCUUCUCCUGCAGUAAGCAACUAGAAAGUGGGUUCUUCUUUUGUUCUCGCUUGCUGGCACGUGUCCUUUAUGAAUGAGAGAAUACUGGUAGAAAACAAUGCCAGUGGUGUGGAGAUUGUUUUUUUUUUGUUGUUGUUGUUGUUGUUGUUUACUGAAUGUGUGAGCAUUUUCAUUCGAAUGACUCUGUUAGUCUGUCAGUGAAUAAAGCACUGUGUAUGAAAAAAUAAAACGUAAACUUUUAUAUUUAAAUGUUUAUGUUAUAUCUGUUUUGACUAAUUAUCUGGUUUUUGGGGGGUUUUUUUCUGAAAAACUGAAUGGCCUUUUUUGAGCAUCACUGCUUUCAUGGUUUGUCAAGGAUUUUGUCAAGGAUCAGUCUUUAGUUCCUGAUAUGGAGCAACACACACCAUUCAGUGUUGAAAUGUGGUUGAAUAUCCUUUUGCACCCAAUAAAUAAUUGAAAAAAAUGUGUAAAAAGUACUGCAAUAUUUUUAUCUGAAAGGGAAAGAGUGUGUUUGAUCCACUGUCAAGCUUUCAGAACACUCCAGACGUACUGGGCUUGUUUUUUUCUUUUUCUUUUAU